UGGGAGUGUUAGCGGCUCUGUGGGAAGCACCAGAAGUGAACACUGGGCGACCCGGAAGCGCUGCAGCGUGGAGGCGCACAGAGAGAACACCGAGGUCUUUUAGCUUUUAUUAAUCUUCUCCUGCGGAGGGACACACUGCAGUCCGAGCACAAGGCAUGGCAGAACCUCGAUUCAAUAACCCAUAUUUCUGGCCUCCACCCCCCUCCAUGCCUGCUCAGCUGGAUAACCUGGUACUAAUCGACAAGAUCAAAGAGCAGCUGAUGGCAGAAAAGAUCAGACCUGCGCAUUUGCCACCCACCACUGUUCCCUCUCAGCAGACGCUGCUGGUGGCCUCACCGCCCUCGGACGCCGUGCAGCACAUGAUGCCAAUCCCCAAACUGCAGCAAGUGCAGAGCCUGCAGGCCCACAACUCUAGCCAACCGGACAUCGCCCUGCACGCCCGGCCAGCCUCCAGCACUGUUCCAGAAGUGACCAUGGAUGACAAGUCAGCUGUGAAGGCUAAAGGACUAUGGGAAGACUGGCACAUGCGCCAAGCUGUGGAUCAGGCUGUUAGAGCAAACCACCGUUCAGGACUGGUACCAACUUCUCGUACAGACAGUCAAAGCACUUCACAAGCCAUGACAUCCACCACCACCACGUCCAGCAGUCAGAGCCGACUAGGAGCAGCAUCCUCUCUGAAUGUCAUCUCAGGCCUGGCCAGUGCUCCCGGCAUGGAUCAAGUAAAGAACGUAGGCUUGGCGGGUAUGCUGGGGCCUCAACCCAAACCCCUACGUGGACGCAAAAAAAUCAAAGCAGAGAACAACACGGGCCCCCUGCUGGUAGUGCCCUACCCCAUUCUGGCAUCGGGCCCUGACCAGUCAGUCACCAUCGCCAAAGAGGGGAAAACUUACAGGUGUAAAGUAUGUCCACUCACCUUCUUAAAUAAGUCCGAGAUGCAGAUCCAUUCCAAGUCCCACACGGAGGCCAAACCACAUAAGUGUCCUCACUGUUCCAAAUCUUUUGCCAAUGCUUCAUAUCUAGCGCAGCACCUGCGGAUUCACUUAGGCAUCAAACCUUACCACUGUUCCUACUGCGAGAACUCCUUCCGCCAGCUCUCUCACCUACAACAGCAUACCAGGAUUCAUACUGGGGACAGACCUUAUAAGUGUGGUCACCCUGGAUGUGAAAAAGCCUUCACACAGCUGUCCAAUUUACAGUCCCAUCAGAGGCAACACAACAAAGACAAGCCGUACAAGUGCCCGAACUGCUACCGUGCCUACACAGACUCGGCCUCUCUACAGAUCCACCUGUCCGCCCAUGCCGUGAAAAACGCUAAAGCCUACUGCUGCAGCAUGUGUGGCCGUGCAUACACAUCAGAGACCUACCUUAUGAAGCACAUGUCCAAACACACAGUGGUGGAGCAUCUGGUUAGCCAUCACUCUCCACAGAGAACAGAAUCUCCCAGUAUCCCCAUACGUGUCUCUCUCAUCUGAGCUUUCCUUCGCUCUUCUCUUUACCUCCUUAUCUUAUUCUGUGUGCCAGACUGCCCUUCUGUUUAGAGAAAGGAAUAGACAGUACUGCGGUCCUCAAAAGGACACCGUGUCUGCCAUACUCUUUGCUUUAUUUAGCUGUUUAGUGAAAAUUAGUGUAGCGGCUCGACUGGCUGCCAUCUCCACACCCCGGCGUUCUGCCGCCGGUCCGCCUCGGACACCGGUCUCACCGACAUGCAUUCCAAAAACAGAACACCAGAGCGGUUUCCAUUCGUUUGUUCUCCUCAUAUUACGUUUCUGAGGGUGUGUUAGGAAGCAUCCAAAGAUAAGCUUUAAGCACUUUUCCAGUCUUUGGGGUUGAAAUGUUUGAAUUUUCAGACAGGACAUGAGGCCUUGUUUUGGGGCUAACAGUCCUUUAGUGUUACUGCUGUUUUGUUGGUCAGUUUCUGUCUCUUUUUCCUUACGACACCAUCAGGUUUUACAGGGUCAUGUGUUUAGUGUUAGCGUGGCUAUGACAACGCCUCCACUUUAUGCUCCUUCUUCAUCUUUAAACAUCUAUCAGAUAUUGGGAUAAAAUGACAAGUAACACAUUAAUCAUUUCUUGAUCAGAUAUUGUGGUGUGUGUGUGUGUGUGUGUGUGUGUGUGUGUGUGACCUUGGCAGGCAUGAGCUGACCUGAAAUGGGAUUGAUGUGUGUGUGCACGGUGUUGGUGUGUUCAGUUUUUACCUUGCUUUAUUACAUACACACUUUAGGUAAGCAUUUCCCCUCACAUCAUCAACUAAAUUGUUAGUAGGUCUGCACCAAGGUGGUAAGAGUUCCUUUUAUUUUUAUACAAUCUCUUAAAGGCAUUUUUCUAUGGAGGAUCUAUAGAAAAUGUACAAAGAGCAUCAGUAUGUCCAGAUGCUCUCUAAAAUAAUCUCUUAUAUGAAUUACAUCACAGAUGUACCAUGUGUCUUCUUUUGUUGUUGUUGUGCAAUGUCAUGGAGAUCAGUUAGAUUUCCCUGUCCUGUCCUUUUAUUCCAAUUCUAAUGUUGUGAGGAAAAGCACUUCAUCACUCAACUUUACACUGUCCAUUAAAUGGACGGCCGUAUGGUCACGGUGCGAGUCGGGGGUGUCUCAUCAUCUCUGCCAAGCAUUUUCUUCUUCCCUGUAAAAAUGAAUAAUCAGUGAUACUGUAGAAGCACCUUCACGAACGACUGAGCUGCUGCAGCUAGUCACGGGUCCUUUAAUGGGAUGGUCAUCAUCGGGAAUUUCAGGACAACGAAGCAGCAGCCCAGAGCUGAACUUUCUAGAACUGAUCACUAAAACUGUAGAGAGAAAAAAAAGCCAGAUAUGUGAAGAUCCACCUGUAAAAGCUUUAGACAUUUUGUCUAAUUUCAAAAGAUCUGCUCUCGUGGCUCUUUGUGAGGGCGUGUUGUAAUGUGCUCAAAAAUAAAUGGUCAUUUAGCCGUCAGCGGUCUUUCAAUCAGAAAAAAGCUUGCUUCUUUAAAAAGCAGUAAUGGUGCUGGAAGGGAGUCGUUCAGAUGAUAUGAAGUAUGAAUAAGAAUGUAGAAGGACAUUUAAAAAGCCUCGCUUGAGAUGUGUACCAGCUCCCAGGAGAGUUAAGUAAAACCUCUGGACAAGCGUUACUGCCUACGCUCUAAACUAUCACAUAUAUAUAAGAUUACAGUUUAAAUUCUCUGUAAGAGAGAUGACCUUUACACACGGUGUAUUCCCCACUGACCAGCUAUGACCAGUGUGUUUCUCAGUUUUAGUUCUGAGUAUUUAGCACAGUUUCCCUCAGUAUUAAAUAAAUAAAAUAGACAUUAAGCUUUUCAGCUAACUUUAUAGGCGAGAGGGAAGUGGAAGUUCAUCCUGGCUUUAAUCCAGUAUCAGUACUGUCUGAUUAGAGGAAAGUACAAUCUUUAGUAUUCAGUAGUAGUAUUUUUUUUUUUAGUAAACCCCGUGAAUGUGGGCCAGACAGACUGUACAUGAAGGUGAUUUAAAAAAAGGUACAUGAAUUAAUUUGUGUACAUCUUUAAAUUAAUUCAGUAAAAUAAAAUGAGCUUUGUUUUUUUCUGUUGUUAAUUCAGUGAAGCGGUGUGUCAGACACUGCAGCCGCUUCACUUCCAGGCGUUUCAGUCGAACCAGUCACUUGUUAAGCUUCAUUCUGUUUCCUUUGAGAACGUAAACGACUGCCAGAAAGUUUUUUUUCUUUCUUAAAUCAGUAUGUUAAUGUUUGUGUUUUUAUUUCCUUCUUUAGUUUUGGUGUUCUUGUUUUUUGUUACAGUUUUAAAUGUGUAUAGAUUUUACAGUCCGUUGUUUUGGACGUUCCGAUCGGCCAAAACGACGCCGGUGUGAAUGACGACUCCUUCGGUUUUACCGAGUCGACAAAUUAGCAUUCAGUCAAACAAACAAACAAACAAACAAACUCGUAAGUAGACUGAUUCAGUUUUCUGAUUUCUUUAAAGCUGCAUUAAGACAAUUUGUAAGAGAAUCUCAGCAGAGUAAUGUUGUGAUGGGUUUCUUACUGUGAGAUUAUCUCUGGAACAGAAACAGUUUAUACAGCUAACCAGUCCUCCAUGUAAAGAGGCCCGAGUGUCGGCUUGGUCCCGUGUCGGUGUCUGUGGCCUAACAGGAAUGUUCUCAUUGUGUCUAAAGCCUCAGUAGAAGCUGAACUCCAGCAUGUUUACAUAUCAGAGCCCCGGUCAGGUCAGUACGUUCUGACCGUUUUCACGUUUCUCAGAACAGACUGGCGGAAAGCGACGGUGGAUUUAUUUCUUGUUUUGUUUUGUUCUCACUGCACACGAGUUAGUCCUGUUUUAUUUCGCUCUGAAACAGUACAUCCUAAGCUGGGGCUUUAAUAGUCUCCACAUUACUUUAGCCAGUUGUCCACUUUCAGAAAUCUCUUUAUAUCAACGAGACGUGUACAUUUAUUAUAAAAUAUACCAUGUAUUCAUCAUUAAUAGUGCAAAUGACGAGCUUUAGCUAGUGUACUUGUUUUUUUUUUUCCAUCUGUAUUUCCAGUUAUUGAUGAUUAUCUCUGUAAGUACUGAUUGUUUUUAAUAUCCAUUCUUUUCUUUUCUUUUUUUUUUUUUCCAUUUAUUUGUAUCUUGAAUAUUCACCUCGAUGGUUGUAUUUCUUCCCUCGCCCCCAUGUUGACGUUUUCAGUAUUCAGUGUUAAGCCUUUUUUAUGUUUCCGCAUGGACUUCUCUGACAGUAAUUGUUAUUAACUGUUAACAAAUAUAUGACAUUGUUAUAUAUGUCUGGAAAAUAUUACAUUUCAUUUGUCUUGCAUUGUGGUCUCCAGGAUUUAAUUCAAUAUGCACAGACAAUACAGCAAGAUUUCAUUUAGAAAAUAUCCAUGUGAAGAAGACUUUGUAUCGAUCUUGUUUAAUAAACUCCGACUGUUAUAUUCCUGUUCACAUAAAUUCUUAAACAUUUUCUUUAAUUUGAUCAUUCAAAGAGUUAAGAACAAAGUUUCUAAUUUAUUUUUAAAAGUGCAAAGGAAAUUUAAAAAAAAAAAAAGUAAUAUUUAACUUUAACGUUAUUGAACACAGUAAAUGAUCUGACCAAGCCUUGUAUAUCUGCAUGAAUGAACAACACGCAGUAAUGAACACAUACAUUUCUUAAAAAUGACUGAAAUAAAUCAAAUAUUCAGAGCCUGUAUGAAGCAGUUUAGCAGGAAGGAAACUCAGGGCCACGGCGUAAACACUUAAUGAACUGAAGCUGAAAAGUGUGUUUCUACCUGAAGACGGACUUCAGCAACAUGCUUCACGACAUCUCUAAACAUUUUCAUCUAAACCAGAUUAUAUGCACUUCCUCUCAUCAUGAAUGAAAUAAACAAGGUGAAUUUUGGCAACAGGAAUAUUAAUAAAUAUCUUGAAUGUUAAGAAAGUAAUAAUUAUUCAGUUUUAUUUUAUUUGUAAAGUGCUUUUAAUAAUGGACAAUGUCACAAAGCAGAAAUCUUUACAAAUUCAUGAUAGAAAUUUUAAAAUCGAUCAGACGACAGUGACCAGGAACUCUUUAUACAUUUAAUGUCUAAUUAUAUGUGGAAGUGGAUGGUUUGUUAAUGUUAAAUAAUGAAAGUAAAAAAAAAAAACCUUAAACGUAAACCUUUUACAAAUUCUGACUUCAAAUCUUCAAACAUAAUUUCUAUGAAACUUCGUGCUUCUAGCACAGAGAUACGGAAACACCUGAUUACAAUGAUAAAAUAAUGUUUUUGUGUUCAAUCAUUCAGGUGAAACACGAUUAAGAGUGCGCUGUGGAAUGUUUGCAUGUGAAGCAUGAGUACUCUAUAUUACCAAAAGUUUUGGGACGUCUGCCUUUACAUGCACAUGAAUGUAAUAUGGAGUUGUCCCGCCCUUUGCAGCUAUAACAGCUUCAACUCUUCUGGGAAGGCUUUCCACAAGGUUUAGGAGUGUGUUUAUGGGAAUUUUUGACCAUUCCUCUAGAAGCACAUUUGUGAGGUCAGGCACUGAUGUUGGACGAGAAGGUCUGGCUCACAGUCUCCACUCUAAUUCAUCCCAAAGGUGUUCUAUGGGGUUGAGGUCAGGACUCUGUGCAGGCCAGUCAAGUUCCUCCACACCAAACUCACUCAUCCAUGUCUUUAUGGACCUUGCUUUGGUCACUGGUGUGCAGUCAUGUUGGAACAGGAAGGGGUCAUCCCCAAACUGUUCCCACAAAGAGCAUGAAAUUGUCCAAAAUGUAUGAAGCUGAAGCAUUAAGAGUUCCUUUCACUGGAACUAAGGGGCCGAGCCCAACCCCUGAAAAACACCACCUGAACUCAGUGAUUUGGAGGGGUGUCCCAAAACGUUUGGCAAUAUAGUGUAUGUAUAUUCAUGUUCUUUGCACUGACCAUCAAAUAAAAAUGACAUUACACUUGUGCUCACAGGUGAAACUCUCAGUUUGGUGUUUUAGAGCAAAAUUAAAA